UUGGUUUGUUUUCAACUUCGGGACAGCACUAUGCUGAUAAUCAGGAGAUCCCUUCAAUGUUAGCUAGGUCUAUUAACUUCUUUUGACUAGACACAUAAACCGCGUACUAACAGUAUUUAUACGAAUCACGACUGUCAACAGCAUGUCAAAAAUAUGGAUAAUACUAUCUGUCAUUUUCCUGUCAACUCAGACGUACUCUCAAGAGGCUAUUUUGCACAUCUCGAAUGAAUCCAUCGAUAAAGAGUAUUGUCUUGUUUACAAUGCCGCCUGGACAAAUCUCUCCAACUCUCUCAGAGAUUCGGUGACGUACCAGGUGGUGAAUCUGGUGUCCAGUUAUCUUUGUAACUCCUCUGCUAUAGUCAUCGAUGUGACGGGAAAGGCACUUGUGGUAAUGAGGGGGCAAUGUGAUUUCAGUCAAAAGGCACUGGUAGCCCAAGAAAAGGGAGCUGCUGCUCUCAUCAUUGCCAGUAACAAUACUAUGACUCCCCCAUCAGCAAAUGAAUCAGAAUAUGGCAAGGUUCAUAUUCCACUGGUCCUCAUGCGCUAUCGAGACUUUGUUGAUGCUCAGCAGGUGUUUGGCAAAGAUAUGAGUGCAAGACUGUAUGCCCCCCCUGUGCCAGUGUUUGAUGUAAGCAUUGUUGUGAUGCUGAUCAUCGCAGUGUCUACAGUUGCGCUGGGAGGCUUCUGGAGUGGUGCAGCAGAAAAGGACAAACAGAGUGAAGGGGCUUUUCCUGGGAGGACUGAAGAAACAUCAAGUGGUGAACUGUCUUUGUACUCUCCUCUGAAAGUAGUCAUCUUCGUGGCCCUCAUGUGCACUAUGCUGGUGCUCAUGUACUUUUUCUACAGGUGGCUUGUUUAUGUUAUCAUCGCCAUCUUCUGCCUGGCCUCAGCAACAGCUUUGUAUAGCUGUCUGGAUGCCCUGCUGAAUAAGGUUGGGUGUGGAAUAUGCAGCUUCUCCUGCCACAGUAAAGAGGUCUCUGUGAGAUCCUUAGUGCUGGCGGCCCUGUGUGUCAGCGUGGCUGUGGUCUGGGGAGUGUACAGGAAUGAGGACAGAUGGAUCUGGAUACUCCAAGAUUUGUUGGGCAUUGCCUUUUGUCUGAAUUUCAUGAAAACAAUCACUCUCUCAAACUUCAAGAUAUGCGUGAUCUUGCUGAGCCUGCUGCUCCUCUAUGAUGUGUUCUUUGUCUUCAUUACUCCCUUCCUCACAGCGAAUGGGGAAAGCAUCAUGGUCCAAGUUGCCCUGGGGCCAGAGUCUGCUGGGGAGAAGACUGAUGGUAACAUUGUGGAAGUACCAGCCGACCCCACACCCACCUAUGAGAAACUUCCGGUGGUCAUGAGGGUCCCCAGGUUCUCUGCCUGGGCUCAGAACCUAUGUGGCAUGCAGUUCUCAAUCCUGGGCUAUGGAGACAUCAUUGUGCCAGGCUUGCUGAUCGCCUACUGCCAUAGGUUUGAUGUCUGGACUGGCAGCUCCAGGAGAGUGUACUUCAUUUGUUGCACAAUAGCCUACUUCUUGGGCAUGAUCGUGACUUUCGCGGUUAUGCUCCUGUCCAAGAUGGGACAGCCAGCCUUGCUAUACCUGGUGCCUUUCACCCUCAUCACCAGUGCUGUGGUGGCGUGGAGCCGGAAAGAGAUGCAGCAGUUUUGGGCAGGAACCACUUACCAGGUGUUGGACUCUACCAGGGAGCCUUUAUCGCCAGAUGGAGAACCUGGAUAUGCCAGUGGGGAAAGAAAAUGCUGAUUGUAACCCAUAAGCCACUGGAUGUUUGGAUCAGUAGAUUUCCAUUUUUGUAUACAUGACGCCACCUUUAACACAAAGGGACUUUGGUAAUGGCACACAUUUCAUAAUGAUCAAUCAUGGUUUUAUUAGAUUUUAAAUUGACAUUAAUAGAUUGGUGAUUACUUCUUGAUGUGCUUAAUUGUUCUUGUGAUGCUGUAAAAUCUUUUUUGAAUAUCAAAGGCUACUGCUGACAUUUUUGCCUCAGUGACAGACAAAAGUGACUGGACAAAGCACUUUAAUUGUUUGAGAUGUUUAUUAUCAAAUAACAGACAACUUGUAUAAAAAGGUUUUGUAUCAUUAAUUUUUCAGAGCUUUGGUGUACAUUUUUGGUGAUCGGAAUUUGUUGAGGGAGGGGCCUUAUUGCUGCCUUAAAUUGACCUUUAAAGUGUAAUUCCAGCGAAAAUUUACCCAGGGGUGUUUUUCUGCAUUAAAACGCAUCAAAUAAGCCGAGACAGUAUUUUUCAUUGAUCAACCACUACAGAGCCUGCUCCGGUAUAUGCUAUAGCCCUAAAUUGCAAACAGUGGAUUAGCUAAGGGCCAGAGGUGGGACAAAGUCACUGUUUGGCAAGUCACAAGUAAGUCUCAAGUCUUAACGCUGAAGUCCAAGUCAAGUCCCAAGUCAAGACAAAGAUGUCCCAAGCAAGUCCAAGUCAAGUAUUACCAAGGCCAAGUCGAGUCCAAGUCCAAGUCCUUAUUUUUCGAGUCCUAAACAAGUCACUAUCUUAUUACUGCAUAUUAAUAUGUCAUCAAUCAUGCUUUCUAUAUAUCAUUCUUAUCAAUAUAUCAUAGUUGACAUAUUGAAGUGUUUUAAAACACUUAUAAGUACGGAGCCCCUAAUACGGAGCCCCUAAGGGGACAUGAGCAAAAAAAAAUGUAAAGUUUAGUUUCAUGUGUGCGUGAAAGUUUCGCAUGAGCAAAUGAAAGUUUCGCGUUAGCACAUGAAACUAAACUUUAGAUUUUUUUUGCUCACAUCCUUAGGGGCUCCGUAUAUAAGCACAAGCCCAAAGACAAACAAAGUAGGCUAUCCUUUGUUCUCUUACUGAGGGAUAGAUAAGUGAGCAAAAGCAUUUCUGUCUCCUUACAUGCAUUGUCUUAUAGCUUAGUGAAUGGAAUCUCUCGUUGCAUUGUUAGUGAAAGUGAGCCAAUAAAAAAAUCCCUAAUUACUUGGCCUGGUAUUCACAACGAGUAGGCUACAACUGCCAAUGCAGAUUAAGAAGACAAGACGAUUUAGGCAGAUAUAUUGACUUGAGACUACAGUAUAUUGGGGCGAAGCACUGCUACUUGGGUGCAGAGAUAUCACGCAACACAUAACCUACCUUAUCUCACUCGCCACAGCACAGACAAUCUCUAGGCUACUCUUUAAAAACAGCCCCUACAAGAUGCUUGGCGAUUAUGACCUUGACGAUCGAAA